AUCGCUGACAAGGAAGGCAAUAUUCGACAAUUUUCAGAAAGCACGCCUGACCUCAGCUCUUGCAACAUUGACCCGAACUUUAAUGUGGAAAAUCAAAGUACUUCCUCCGGAAGUUCAGUGGAACCAAGAAGCGAUUUUAGCUACACUGAUACCGAAAAAUCACCAAAAAUCAACAAAGUUCCUGGCCGCGAGUCAGUUUUAAGCGAUUACAUCGCCGCCCACACUGUGCCGCUACCUGAUUUAUCAGCGGCAGUUACUGAAUCGGAGGAUGAUGUAGAUCAUGCCUCUAUAUCUUCAAGCAUACUUGCUGAGGGUACUUGGGAGGAUAACUGGCUUUUUAAGAAAAAGCGAUCAUCGUUAACGGCCUCCAUUACUGGAAGUGUCGGAAUGUUAGUGCCUGCACCGAAAGACGAUGUACGUGCUCAAAUCGGCGAUAAGACCACCGAUGAAAUUAGUGACCUCUCCGAAAUGGGCUCAGAUACAGAUGACUCGUCAUCGAAAAUAAUUUGUGCCAAGAUAGAUCCACUUAACGACCGCAUACUGAAUAAGCAUUUGAUUGGUGGCCAGAAUACGAAAGUGGUUUUAGAUGAAUUGAUUGAAACAGCCAGCAUGAUUUCGAAUACAUCACACUCAACACUCAAUGAGCCAAAGUAUACCGAAACCAGAAACGAACACGUUCUAGAAGCAGCGUCGAAAGUGGAAGCCCUUAAUCCCAGUAUUGCCAACAGCUCAGCUCAGGAAACUAUGUUAGGUUAUUCGGAAAUCGAGCGGAAACAAAAUCCAUCACCAGAUCAAUUGAGUUCCGACUCAAAUCGCACUGACGAAAGUGCGCCAACAACUGUCGAAUCAUACCUGGCAGACUGUAAUAAUGAACUACUAGAUCUGCCACUAACUAACAUUUAUAAUAGCACAACCGCGACUACUACCAUACUAACAAACGGCUCAUACCUAAGAAUAAGUCCAUCACAAUCUAAUUGUAACGUCAACCAAGAAGAUCAUUUUAUUAACAACGACAGUACCCACCAACCAGAUAUUAACAGUGCAGAUGAUGAUGUUAUCCAUUUGAGAUGUUUCGUGCCAGGCUCUAUUGCAGAGCGUGAGUACAAAAAGUGGAAUAAUGCUGUGGAAAUGCCGAAUAAUCCGUACGCGCCAGAGGCGUUGAAGCGUCGCAUCAGCGGUAGCCAAGAACGUUUCAUGGAUUUACCGAAUAUAGUUCCGAACACGGAAAAAAGUCCCAUAUCUCUGAUAAAAACAGAUGCGGCAGACGACAGUCGUAGCGAAAUUGAUUACAAAAGAUACAGCCGCGACUACUACAUUAACGAUGAUAAAGUGUCGAAAACUAGUCCGAAACACCAAAUUGUCGCUACAGACGGUAGUCGACCCAGUCCGAAUAUCAGUGACGAACCCACAGCAGACAUAGCCAUCAAUGAGGUAAAUUGCCACACCAAAAAUACAUAUAAGAGUAUCCCGCUGUAUACUGAUCAUAGCGACUCUCAUUGGACCCUUUCCACCACUCCAGUGCAUCGUAGCAGCUCCCUAAAAUUCAUUAGCCGUCGCUCACCAUCAGAAUCAUAUUACAAUCUCACAGCAAAUGCAAUCUCCACUUCCACUUCCACUUAUAAUCAAGCACAUUUACCACCACGAUCAUUCACCUCAGCAUCCCAUUACGAAAGUUCGGACCGCAUACACUUUAAAGACUACUGCGGCAACGACAGCUCCAGAAACACGAAUCGACGUCGCAACAUUAACAGACAUAGCGAAUACGAAGAUACCGGCAAUCUAGACGCGGACAAUUGCAAUGACAUAGACAAUUACAGUGACGACAUACGUUCGCAACGGUCGUGGAGAAGUGCCAGCGCUGCUGCCAACUAUCCUGCUACGCUUCCUAAGCGUCGUGCCCACUCCUCACUUAGUUUUUACCGAGGUGGUAGUGGUGCGUCGGGAAUCUCGUUAGCGACUAAAACGCGCACGCUACCAUCGAGUCAUAUUUUGUCACAAUUCGAGAAGCAAUUGCUCCACAAAGAUCUCAAACGCGACAGUUUUCGUGCCGCUUCGGCGACGACCAAAGAUUUCGUAAUGAAUCCACUUUACGAGAAGGACAAUCUUAAUAGUAUCGCUACUGACAAUGUCAAAAACAGUCCAAAUGCUGAAAUAGCGCAGCGGGGAUCGAGCGAACAAAUGGACUCUGGAGUCGACAGUUGCUUCUUAAAUGGUCUCAGUGAGACCGACGUUAAAACGAGCAAUACUAGUUUGCUCUUUUGAUGAGCUACUUACAUACUACAACAUACAUACAUAGAGUUUGAGGAAUGAAAGAAAUAUGCGAUACUCUUUUUUUUUCGCUUAAAGCCAGCCACGAGUAAACAUAUAACUAGUCAGUAGUGCAACGCAUAAACGUUUGAGUUUUUCAUGUUCUAAAUAUAGCAUAUUAUCAAUUUAUAAAUAUAGCAUAGUUAUGUACAUAGGUAAGGUGCGGGUAUUUAUGAAAUAUUCUCGCGAGUGGAUUGACGAGGGCCAUUGUAGAAUAAAAAGUUACACCACCCACAACGUACCAACGAAGUUGUUUGCAUUUAACCAAACAUACAUACAUACAUACAUAUAAAUAAUGUCAAUACAUAUUUGCACAAGCUAGGGCCCUAUAAUCGACUUUAGCGGCCUU